CGGGGAUCUAGGGUUUUAGCAACUGAUGGCAAUGGAAGCGAGCGCCGCCCGGGGCGAGGCGCCGAAUCUGGCGAUGGCUGGAAUGCGCUCGCCCGGGGGCCUCCGGGCGGUGUCGCGGCCGCUGGUAGAUCGCGCUCCAAUCGUCGUGCGGCGGAAUUCAUUUCGCGGUGCCGCGGCAUUCGUUUCUACGAUUGGUGUCUUGCUGGUGUCAAAAUUGUUCUUUAGAUGGGCUUGGCAGUCGUUGCAAGUGGCAGCGUUUUGUCAUUCGGCUAUGACGCUCCUCGGUCGUAAGUUCCGCGGCCAUCCUCCACAGGAGGCGUUUCUGGGAUAUGUCGCUACUCCUGUAACGACACUUACGAUUUCGAGACCGCUGAUCCAGUGGAUUUUUCCCGACCUGUAUCGGACUGCUCGUUUUUGGAGACGUUUGCUUCCUAUAUACACAAGGUAUAUGAUCACAAAGCUGAACGCACGGAACAAGAGCCGAGACGAACGGGAUAAGUUAUGGGAUAAACGGCACGAGUGGGGAGGGAAGAUGGUCCACCAGCUUGUGCUGGAUAUGAGUGGAUUUUAUGUGAAGUCUGCUCAAAUCCUUGCUUCUAAAGCUGAGUUUGUUCCAGGGCAAUGGAGAAAAUGGCUCUCGAAACACCUUGACGAUGCGCCUCCAACGCCUUUCUCGCGGGUUAAAAAGAGUAUCCAGAAGGAGCUUGCAUUAUGCCCGAAAGGCAAGGACUUUGUCACCCCACUGGAUGCACUUUUCUCGGAUGUUGAGGAAGACCCGAUUGCCGCAGCGUCGAUUGCUCAGGUUCAUGGGGCCACGCUAAUCGACGGAACACCGGUUGUAGUUAAAGUACAACAUCUCGGAAUGGAUACUAUAAUGCAUUCUGAUCUACGAAAUCUUGCAAGGGUGGCUCGUUUUCUAAAAGGACAGCUACCAGUCGAUCUCACACCGAUUGUGAAAGAAAUCCAGGCGACAAUACCUCUUGAAUUUAACUUUGAACGAGAAGUCUGGUUCAUGCUGCGUAUUAAAAGUAGCCUUGAAACCCAUGGAUUUUCAAGGAUUGUGUGUCCUUCGCCAAUUGAAAAUCUUUGCACGCGGCGACUUAUAGUCAUGGAGAGGCUUCAUGGAACACCAUUUACCCACAUUCUGCAUCGUAAUGCAGACGAGUCUUUGCAACCAAGAAUACCAAAACUAAGAGACGUGGUAAAAAAUCUCAUAGAGGCUUACGGUCAGAUGAUCCUUAUAGAUGGCAUCUUCCAUGCUGAUCCGCAUGCGGGAAACUUACUCUUAUUAACAGAUGGUCGGCUCGGUCUUCUGGAUUUCGGCCAAAGCAAGGUGCUUGGUGAAGAGUCACGAAAGCAAUUUGCCAGAAUGGUCAUUUCACUGGCAAGUGACGACGCUGUAGCUGCCGCUCGGGUCCUUUGCGAAAUGGGAAUCGUUUUUGAGGAUUCUUCUUCGCCUUCAAAGGAAGUGAGCGUCGAAGUGCUCGUCAUGAUGGCCAGGAUGCUCUUUGAUACGUGCUACGUCGAAGAAGCAACGGUGUCACCCAUGGCCGAAAACUCCAUCCUACGGAAGGUCCCAAUGCGUUCCUUCAAUCAAGAGCUUUGGCUGGUUGUUCGUACGAUCCUGAUGCUCCGAGGCUUGCUCUUUUCGCUGGAAAUGGAUGAAUCGUCAGUGGCAAUUUGGAAACCAUAUGCGGACGUAGUUCUCAGGUGAACUCUGUUUUGUUUUGACAAAUGGUUCAAGAUAUUAAUAUAAAUAAUGGUGGUUAUAAAUAAACCACAAAUAUUUGAAUUAA